AAAUUGCGUGAGUGGCGGUUGAUCGGCUCAUUGCUGCAGCGGGAUCCACAACGAAACAAUCAAUCGCACUGGAGUAACGGAUUGUUACCCGUUCUGGAAAGCUCAACAAAGCACAAACUAAGCAGAAAACUAACGGCAGCCGCCAUUCCUUCGAGUGGACAGGCAGACAGACAGACAGACAGACAGCCAGGCACAGAGAGGAACAGGGACAGCAGACGAUAAGAUUAACGUUAACUUAAUUAAAGACAAACAAAAUAUUAAAGAAAGCACGCAACCAUCGGACCGAUCCAAAGCCCAUAUCGAGUGGAUCCGAGCAUUAUAGAACAGUCAGAGUGCCAGUCAGUGCAAGUGUCGGCUGCGCGUUCAAGUGAUUUGUGACUGCGACUGUGUCUGCGUGUGUGUGUGUGUGAGUGUGUGCCCCCAAAGCCCCUUCAGGAAUUAUGCAUGAAGAGUGACAAUAAGAACAAAAAGAAACAACAGAACUAUUAACAGUACUUACAUCAGAAUAACUAAAGAAGUGACACCUAAGUGGACCACACGAUGUAUGUGGCCAAUACCACUGGCGGCCUGAUGCUGCAGACCAUGCUCUACCUGGCGAAUCACACCAGUCGAGCGGCAGUCAACACUUUGAUCGACCUGCCACCGGCCCCCAAAAGCGAUAUCAACGAGGUGAAGUGCUUUGGGGUCUACGGCUGCUUUCCCAUUAACGGGCCGUGGAACACGGUGACGCGUUCGAUCAAUGUUCAUCCACAGAAGCCCUCGGAGAUCGAGCCCCACUUUACGCUCUACACACGUCCUGCCCUCGAUCAGCCCAAAUAUCUGGACCUCAACGAUCCGGACAGUGUACAGAAUAUGGGCAUUAAUAGAAAGGGCAAGAUCUACCUGCUUGUGCACGGGUACCUGGAGUCAGGCGAGAUCCAGUGGAUGCUGGACAUGGCCAAGGCGCUGCUGAAGCACGAGCCAGAGGGCGAGGCCGCUGUCAUUUCGAUCGAUUGGGGCGGCGGCGCCAGUCCGCCGUAUGUGCAGGCGGUGGCCAACAUUCGUCUGGUGGGUGCCAUCACAGCGCAUGUGGUGCACAUGCUGUACGAGGAGCUGGGCCUGCCCAAUCUGGACAACGUUCACAUCAUCGGCCACUCGCUGGGAGCCCAUCUCUCCGGCUAUGCUGGCUAUCACCUGCAGCGAGACUUUGGCCUGAAGGUGGCACGCAUUACGGGGUUAGAUCCGGCGGCACCACUCUUCACGGACACCGAUCCCAUCGUCCGGCUGGAUCGUACGGAUGCCCAUUUCGUAGAUAUCGUCCACACCGAUGCCAAUCCUCUGAUGAAGGGUGGCCUCGGCAUCAAUCAGCGGCUGGGUCAUGUCGAUUUCUUCCCGAACGGCGGCUUUGACAAUCCCGGUUGCGACAAGAAGCUGCAAGACGUGAUGAAGAGCAAUCGUAAGGCGACCCUUUUCACCACCAUGCAACAGUUCCUCGGCUGCAAUCACAUCCGGAGCCAGCAGUUCUUCACGGAGAGCAUCGGCACCCAGUGUCCUUUCAUGGGCAUCACCUGCGACUCCUUCGAUAGCUUCAAGGAGUUCAAGUGCACCAGCUGCGAUGAUCCCGGCCACACGUGCCUGCGCAUGGGCUUCCACAGCCAGGAGGAUUACCAGGAGCAGGUGGAGCGGGGCGAGCUGAGACAAGGCGACUCCCCGGGCGUCUUCUACCUGACGACCGGCGACAGUAAGCCCUUCUGCCGCCUCCACUAUCGCAUCACGGUGCGUGUGUCCAGCCACGAUGAGAGCACUCUGCAUGGCGGCGAGGUGGGCAUUCUCUCCAUUCGCUUGCAUGAAGCAGCAGCCGCAGCUGCAGCCGGGCACGACCGGAAGAAGAAGGCCACCACAGAGCUUAUGAAAUUCUCACACAAGGCCAUGUACUUUGAGCCGGGCUACGAGUACAAGGCGCUGGUGCCCGGCAAAGAGCUGCAGGAGCCGGACCACGCCACCGUCUACUGGGAGUACCCAACGAGCAUCCUCAAUCCGCUCACCUGGCGCAUUCUCUCCUCACCGCGCAUCUACCUGGAGUACAUACUCAUCGAGUCGAUGGAGUCCAGCGAUCUCUACCUGAAGCUCUGUCCCCAGCAUGAGGGGGCCAUCCUAUCCGGCGCUGAGAACGUGCUCCGCACCAGUUAUUGCAAGGACUAGUGGGGGAACACCAGUUGGUAUUUUAUUAUAGUAUUUUCUAAUUGCUCGCGAAAUUAACAACAACAAAACACACA